AUUUUAUUUUAGCAUACUUUGUAGAGCUUACAGUAUCCCAGAGAACAGAAAAGUAUUUUUAUUCGAUUUUCAUAGAAGGAAAGUGUUUCAAGUGCCUUAUGUGUUUGACUGUAUUGCAAAGCACUUCUGUUAUUUCCUCAUCAUGCUGACUGCUAAAGUAAUAUUCUCUGCCUGUUGUUCACAGUGUGGUAAACGUGAGAUUUUUGGCAUUGUGACUUAAGCACAAUCCUGCAAAUUUUUCAUCUGGGGUGGGGCUGGAAGAAGUUAAUUCCAGGUUAAAAUGUGAUGGCAGAUUUAUAAAGAGUAGACUAAUUGUCUACAUGAAAACUUAGACCAUUCCAUUUCUGUGUACUUUUAACUAGACAUUUAUAUGACAUAACUGUAGGCUGAACUUGUUGUUUCUUUCCUCUAAAUAUGAUCAUAAACAACAAAUUUGGAUUUAAACUUUAACCUUUAAUAUUCUUUCUCUGAAUCAGUGCUUUAGCUAAGGUUAGUCUUUAAAUGGUGUGUUGAAUAGUCUUUAGUGGUGUGUUGAAGGCCUCAUUAUGCUUAACCUACUUCUGAUCUUUGAUGAAUUUUUAUACAUCUAAUCCUAUUUUAAUAGCUCAGAGAAAGCCAUUAGUUUUCAGUGGGCAGCACUGAUAUAUCAGAGAUCCAUUUUUAACCAUCUCCAAAUAGGAGUCACCUGUUUUUCCUUAGGGACACUGGAGUUUUACUCCUCAGAUGCAGUUGCUUCUGUGACAAGCAACAUUAUCAAAAGAACUUCUAUAGUCUGACCAAGCUUUCUUUUGAAAUCAGCAGGUUCUCAUCUUUCUGCUGCCAUGCCACUAGUAUUGGAAAGCUGGCCCAUCUGCUUCUGGGAAAGCCUUGUCCACAUUCCCAGACUUUUUGCCCAAAUUGUCCAUUAUAUAGUUUCCCCACCCACAGACAUUUACCCCCAAGUAUUUAGAAAGUUACUUCCCAGCUAUUCUUUUACAAACUAAGCAGGGCAAGCUCUUUUGCAUAUAUAUGGGAAGUGACAAAACCCUAAAAGGAAUGCAGUGUAAAUAAUUGCACCUGCUUGUUCUAGAUGCUGCCUUUCACCCCCACCCCCAGACUUGGAAACUUAAUUAUAUGCGUAAUCACUCCUAGUCUUCAUGCCAAAAUCAAGCUGAUUGUAGUUAAAAAUAGAAGAAAUUGGGGGAAAAAAUUAAUCCAUAAGAUAAAAGCCACAUCACAGCCAUAUUUUUAUGCAGUUUAAAUGAGUCUCUAUCCAUUUUUAAUAGGCACAUGUGAAGAGACUACCCUUUUAGUUUUAGUGCUGUCUAUGUAAUCCAUUUUUGCAGAUUAUUGCCAAAUUUUAUCAGAUGAUGAAAGAUAUUAAACUAAACCUGCAAACUCGUAUUUAGGGAAGGCGAUGGAACAAAACAUGUGCAUGUGCAGUACCUGACAUUAAGGGCCAUGUGCCCAAAGCUGUUGACAUCAAGGAAGAAUGAAUGUCCUGUGUUGCCAUCACUUUUCAAAAGGAAAAAAAUGCAUGUGCCAAAUAUUUUCCUGUGGUUGACUGCAGUUGCUAGACCAGGUGGGUGAUACUACAGCACAGAGGUGCAAUUGGCAUUGUAUGGAGUUUUGCAUAAAGCACCUGGUACAGUUUCUGUCUGUAUCUAUCUUAGGUAUUUACAAGGCACCUAUCACCUUGGUACCUAAGCACUUUGAAAAAUGCACCCACCCCAGGAGGCAUGAUGCAAAUACAGACAGAGGCCCAGGUCCAGAGCAGCAGAGGCAGGUCCCAGGAAGCUCCCCAACUAUGUUCCUGCUGUUGUUGAGCUCCUGGCCCACUUGGUGUGGCCAAGGCACAUCUCCACCCACCUGCCAGCAGGAAGACGGUGCCCCACCCCUCCCGUGCAGCUCCGCUGGUGGGCAGUCUGAAAAGGAAAGAUAAUGGAAAAGGCAACGAUCCGGUAGCAGAGGUGAAACAGGAAUGGUGGGAUUUCAAAAGGAGGGCUUCUUAAAGAGCAGCACAUCUCAGGGGAGGGAUCAGCUGCCAGUCCAAAUGGCAGAUGUCACUGGGGAGCAAGAUGGGGAGGUUCCUGGAUCCUCGGGGCAAGCCAGUCAUCACCGAGGGAGCUCGCUGUCCACGCCGGCUGAAGAACAGGAAUCCUCGGUGCCCGCCUCUGAUGAAGACUCGCCAGCCAGGACCACAGAGAGCUGGCAGUGGCCACUGUCCUCGUCUGAAACGCACAGCAACGUUGGGGAGGAUUUUGAGGGAUUUCAAACGCCAGCGCGGACUCCGGAGUGUACCAUGGACAUACAGUCUCCCGGGGAUCAGUCACUCAGUAGGACUCCUCAGUUUGAAAGUGACUCUCCUGAGGAGGAGGGAAAUGAUGAAAUGAAUGAAGAGCGCUGCGGUGUUGAGCCUGUCCCUAGGGAUCGGGGUUGGAGAGGGCAGCCCCAGCUAACAGAGGGAGAGAAGCUGUUGAUGGAAACCAACAGUAGGAUUGUGCAGCUGCUGGAAAAUAUCAAGAGGGAGCAUGCACAGUCCAUGGGCCUCAUGUCCCAGUCCAUGGGCCGUAUGGAGCUGCAGCUGGGCAUUGUGGCUACCUCCACAAGAGCCAUCCAUAACUACCUGUCAGAGAUUUUAGCUUUUCUCAAGCAGCCGAGGACUCAGGUCCUUGAAACACGCAUCUCCCAAAGAGCCACCCCCCAUGUCGAGUUGACCUGUGCCUCGACAUGGACUGGGGAGGACGCAGUGGCAUCCUCCACUGUGUGCUUACCUGGGGCCGAGGGGACAGGCGACUCUCGAGACCCACCACAGGCCACCCUGCCUUGUCGCAGUGGCCGGCUGCAGAGAGCCAUAACCGAGAGGGCCUCGCUGCCCAUGCCUCCACGCCAGGCAAAAGGGGGAGGGAAGAAAAAAUAACCACUUCAUAGGGUUUUUAGAGGUUUUUUUUAAUGUGCCUGUCCUUUUAAUUCUUAGCCAUAAGGCCAUCGGUGGCAGAGUUUCAACCAUUUUCUACAUUGGCUAACAUUGUAUUCUGGCUGACUAGAUUAGUCUAACAUUUUGUAGUUUAUAUUUGCACUGUUAACUAUGUGUGCUGCUGGUAUUUGAAGAACAUUUGCCUCUGUUCUUUCACUUUAACUUCAUACAAGCAUUUUUUUACUCUGUGCCAGGCAUUCAUUGCUUUUCUUACAAAUACAAGUCAUUUCUUGAGGCAGCUGUUUUUUGAGUUUUCUUUCUCCAUUAUCCCAUCCCCUCUGAGCAAGCACUCGGGACUUGGCGGUAAGUAUAGAGGUCUUGGCAAUACUCGCCUCCAAAACUGUGUUCGAUCAGUCUUUGCCUGGUGUUUCUGGCAUGCCAGCCUGAGGUGUUGGGGUCAGCCUGUACCGGAUCAUGAUCAUUCUUAUCCUCUGUGGGUCUGACCAGCUCAGUUUCUAAGACCCUCGGUGGAGCUAAUCCACAUGUCUUGGCUAUGUCGUACAAUAAGUAAUGUUGCCAGGAUCAUACCUCAUAUUUCUCCUUUGGGGGCUGUAUAGUGAUGUGCCACCAGAUCUAUCUAGGCACCUGGCUCUCGUUUUCAAAGUUCCUUUCAUGAUGGAUCUGGUGGCUUGAUGGGCAGCAUUAUAAUUUUUCCUCUGAGAGAGUCUGGGGAUUUGAAACAGGAGUCACUAAGCAAUGUGUUCUAUGGGGAUAAGAGCCAUCUCCUGCAACAAAUCUAUUAGGAGGAGACUGUCCCCUGUAAUUAUCAGAGAUAUUAAUUAUUUAAGAAAAAGAGAAAAAAAGAAAAAAAAAAAAGGCAACUUGCCUGGCAGCCAGACCUCUUGAGAAUGCAAAAGUCAUGACACACUGUUGGGUACUGUGCUCCUCUGUCUGUGAUUAAGAGCUUCUCAUCAGAGACGACCUACAUCUUGAUAAAACACAACUACUUUCUGUGCCUUUAGGCCAUCUAAUUUCCUGAGGGCUGGCACCCUGAGCAGAGCAUGGGGCCCUUUGGUGACCCACAGGGCAGAUGGAAGUGCACUUUGCAAUAAAUGAUUUUAUAUCUGUUGGUGCUGCCUCUCUCGGGGGAAUUUAAUUUAGUGGCACUCAAACUGCUAUAUGCAUGCAGAGGCAUCAGACUUGGCUUUUCCAUGUGGUAUCCCUGACAGUUCUCUGAAAGGAUGCUGUUGCCAGGAGCCCCCUGAGCGGUGGUGACCUGCUCUCACAGGUGUAGCAUGGCUCCUAUGUUUGACUCUCAACACGCCGUUGUAACUUCUCGGGAAGGUUCAGAACAGUUUAUAUGGCAAAGCAGUGAUGAAUGGAAAAUGCUAGGGAACAACCACAGGCUUAAAAAUCCUCUUCUAUGAUUACAACCGAGCUGUGCUCUCUGCCUCCAUGAGACAUAGGCUCUUCUUCCCUGUCUUUCUGUGAGGUUAUGCAAGAUAAAGCAGAUCAUAUUUUGUUAUUCUGCCAGUCAGCCACAAAUUGCUCCCAUGUAAGUGUGUGUGCGUGUGUGCUCGUGGCUGUACUUUGCUAAAUGACCGGUUUAAGGAUGAAAUUGCAUCUGGCAUGGCCGACCUUCAGCGUAGGCUUUCUCCACUACCAAAUAUUUCUUCCCUUUCACCUCCAUCCAGCUGAGUCACUUGUAAAAAUGCCAUUGGAGGUAGGCUUCUUUGGCCACACUGGUGACACUCUUCACACCAGGUGCCAAUUUUUGCAUCUGCAUCUAUUUUGUGGCUUUUUUUUUUUUUUUUUAAUAUAUAUCUCUUGUCAGAAUGCUUGUAAAGUUAUCCUCAGAGAACUUCCAACAUAAGCUUGUAAGCUUUUCCAUCUCAGUGGUGCAAGAAAUGCGCGCUGCAGAGUAUCUGAGGUCACAAGGAAGUUGGGAGAGAAGCUGAUUAGUGAGCCUGACAAAUUAUUCCAGUACAUGUGGCCUUCUGAACAAGCUGGUUCUGGUGUAUUAGUGGUUUGCACGCUGGUGCUGUGGAUGUGAACAGCCCAGUUCAAAGCACAGGGUUUGUCCCAAUAAGUUUACAUCUUCUUUCUUUGGGAUGACUUUGAGUGAAACUAAGUACAAUUCAGCCAGUCAGUUUGGCCUAAUUAGCCUGUUUGAUAAUGCAGUGAGAAUGUUUUUUAUUUUCCACAGUGCUUUCACUUCAGAAGGGUGGUGCAGUUGUGGCCAGAUGUUAAGAUUUUGACUUGCUCUGCAGGACCCGCCAUGUAGCUGCUGCCAUUUAGAACCAGUCUUGUUCCCACGAGCUGCCUGCUUCCGUGGCUUCACAUUUUUUUGUUGUAGUCUCAAAGCAACAACCUCCACUCCACCUUUAGCUUCUUGACCGAAGGCAGCAGAGCAAAAAGGAAAUGUAGUAGUGCUGCAGUUGCAAAUGCCAUGCAAGGAAGCACUAAAGAGUUCCUUGCAAAGCAGCUUAAGCUUUAACCUGCUCUCCUCUCCCAUUUCCAAGUGCUUUAGCUCGACAUGGCAAGGCACAAAGCAGCACUCCAAUGGGAGCAGCCACAGAAUGAGAAGGGCUGGGAACCUGUCUACAGACAAGAAAUCUGCAGUAAAUUUACACAAAGCCAAGGGUUUUUUUUUCCACGUGGAAGUAGUAGAUGGUAUUAAGAAUUGGUGCCAACUGAUAUUUUGCUCAGAUCCAACAUUAGGAUCUGACUAGUAGCAUUGUCUAGCAGAAUCAGUGCAGUUGGAGGGUAUGUAUGUUCCAUCCCCAACAAAUAUUUUCAUGCUUUUCAAGUGUCUGUCAUGGCCUCAUCACUCUUUCCCUGUAGCUUUUUGUUGUCUGAAUGGGUAUAUGGUUACAUGUGUCUGUUAAAAAUAAAGGGGAUCAGUUCUUACAUGGUAUAUUUAUAUUUCUGAUGUACAGAUUUUGAGUAUGUAGUGCUUCAGUUUCCAAAAGUUCCUUCUUUCUGUAUCCAAAAGAUCAGUUGUUUGGCUUCUGGGAUGAUAACAAGGGUGGGAGAGCCUUAACAGGAAAUCUCUGCCCAGCUGAAGCUCUCGGUGAUAGAUCCCCUGAGUAUGAUUCUGCACUCUGGCCAUAUUUUUGAUGUAUAGGUCAAAUAUUCAUGGUUACACCGCUCCUUUCUGAUGCCUUUUGCUGAGCAGAAGUGCAGAUAUUUUUCUUUCAGAAGUUCACAGUUUGUAUAACAAAGUCUUUAUGAAAUGUGAUAUGAAGUUUGUUUUAUUUUUGAAUACGUGUGAUGAUUUUAAGAAUUUUUUUUUCCUUUUCUCCUUCCACUGGAUGAUUUAAAUCCCACCAAAAAAAAUAAAGCAGACCAAUGAAAAUAAUUGAAUGCUAACUUCAAUUGAAAAGAAACAGCAACACUACUCUUGUGAGACAGUUUUCAGCGGUGUUCAGCUUACUGGUCCUGCUCAGCCUUUCCUUUCCUGCCUGCUCCCUGACCCUCUGUGACACUGAAAUAUCCACUUCUAGGACAACCUUCUUCCUAACCUGAAGGCUAAAAGUUUUCCUUCUCUUCUUCUCCCAUUUAAAAUAUCAUCCUUGCAUCAUCCAGAUCUACUGUUUAGAGGGAUCAAAAGCUCUUUUCCUCCUGCCUUAUUCCCAUCCAUAUCAAUAUCCAGGGCCCUGAGUGCACUGCUCUCCUGUGAGAGGUAAAACUUAAAUCCCUAAAUCCAAUACUUGGCAUAGUAACACUGCCAAAAAAACUCUUUGGGGUUUUUUUUUGGUUGGUUUUUUUUUUUUUUUUUAAGUCUAUAGUACCCUAAUAAAGUAGCUACCCUUGUUUGCUGAAGCAAAUAAUCAGUUAUUUGGGAGAUGGAUUUAAUUGCUGGAAAGUAACAUUGCUCUGACUCACAUUGUGGAAGCCCAGGACCCAGGCUAAGGUAUUCCACUCACAUAAACACCACAGGCUAUGUAACUAAUCCUUACUUUGGUGAAACUUCAAAGGAAAAGACACUAAAUUAGCAUGCUACAGGGAAGCAAAUGCCAUGGAAGGUGUAGCAAGAAAACCUGUUGGUAUGAUUUGGAUUCUAGCACAGAUUCAAAACUCAAACUAUUCUGGUGGCUUAGGCUACUUGUUUAAUUUCUCUGUGCCUUGGUUUCAUAGCAGCAGAAGGGGCAAAAAAAGGAUCUGUCAGGCAAUAAUUAGUUGAUUAUAUGGUACUUUGAGGUCUUCAAUCUGAGGGAGUAACAUAAUGUAAUAAAUGCUGAUGGAACUUGUUUGUGACCAAAGUGGGAAACAGGACUAACACCAGCACUCAGCUUUGGAAUAUCCUGAAUAAAGUUCUCCCUGUAGCUUACCGUCAUGUCAUAUGGUGGAUCAGAAUCCCAAAUCCAAAUGUUGAAACUCUCAUUCAGACUUGGACUUUGCCUAUUUGACCUGUUUCUGACCACAACUAAAUACAUUCCCAAGCCGUCCAGUUAUUAAAAUAA